GAGAUCUCAACUGGCAUUUUCAAACGUCAGAGCUUUUUGAAGAGCCCCUGGAAACUUUUUGAGAACCAUUGUGUGAUCAUUUCAAGGUCAAAAGAUCAAGGACAUUAAACCUGGUACAACCGGUACACAUGACCCCUUUGGCAUCCGGAGUCAAUCAAGCAGCAAAGACGAGGUGAGAAACAAGCAAGAAUCUCUCUAAGAAGUUGCCUAAACGUUUCGUCAAGAUUCUUCAUAUUUCUGAACGUGUACAACAGCUACACAUAGGGAAAUGUUUUCUGCGUUGUGGUCAGAAGUCACCAUACGCACCAUCGCGGUGUUUGGGGUUAUUUUCCUCACCCUACUCGUCUUCUUCAAACAACGAAAGAACCUCCCACCGUCACCGAGAGGGAGCUGGCCUGUUGUCGGCCACCUGUUGUCCCUCGGCCGAGCGCCCCACCUGAAGCUUACGGAGUGGAGGAAGCAGUAUGGCGACGUGUACACUGUUCGAAUGGGGAUGGAGGACGUGGUGGUUCUGAACGGCUACCGGGCCAUCAAAGAGGCGCUUGUGGACUACAAGGAUGCUUUCUCCAGUAGGCCAAACGUCUAUGUGCUGAAUCUAGUAUCUGGCUUUGGAAAAGAGAUCGCGAUAUCAAAAUUCAACCAAGCCUACCUAGAAAAACGCAAGUUUGCCUACAGUGCGCUGAGAAACCUGGGAAUGAGAAUGGGACCAGGCAGUAUGGAAGAGAACAUCAGAGACGAGGCUCGUCAGCUCUGCCUGAAGUUGUCCGAGCAAGGGGACGCAAAGCCACGUGACAUCACCGACAACCUGACUGUGUCAGUCGCCAACAUCAUCUGCUCCAUGGUGUUCGGGAAACGUUACGACUACGAUGAUGAAAAGUUCCUCGAACUUUCCAAGAUCGUCAACAAGUUGGUCGCCAGCGUCGGAUCGAGUCAGCUGAUGACAGUAUUUCCUUUUCUGCGGUUCAUACCGGGAGUAAAUUCAACAAACAGGAUUCUUCUCGAGUGCAUUGAAGAUGUCCACGAAUUCCUUCGACAAGAAAUCACAAAGCAUCGCGAGACCCUGGACAACGAGAAUCCACGAGACUUCAUCGACCUAAUCCUCACCGAACUACAGACCCAAGAGAAGACCGACUGCUUUACAGAGGAGAACAUUGUGUGGAUGAUUCAGGACCUGUUUGUUGCUGGUAUCGAGACCACGAUCACAACCUUGCGAUGGGGUCUUUUGUACAUGGUUCUGUGUCCAGAGGAACAACAGAAGGUGCAAGCCGAGCUGGACAGUGUCCUGGGAACAGACCAUGACGUGCCCACCCUGGCCCACAGGUCCCAGCUCCCGUAUACCGAGGCUACUAUCAUGGAGAUCCAGCGCAUCAGGGCCAUAGUUCCUCUUAGUGCUCCUCACGCUCCGAACGAGGACACGACUUUCCGAGGCUAUGACAUCCCAGCGGGAACGCAGGUUUUUCCCAGCCUGUGGUCAGCUAAUAUGGACCCGGAGUUUUGGCCGAACCCAGAGAAGUUUGACCCCCGUAGGUUCCUGGACUCUGACGGCAAGGUGGUUACCAGACCGGAAUCCUUCAUGCCUUUUUCUACUGGCCGCCGUGUUUGCCUCGGUGAGCAGCUGGCUAAGAUGGAGCUCUUUCUGCUCUUCUCUUCCCUCCUGAAACACUUCACCUUCAAGUUGCCAGAUGGCGCCGCUGCACGAUCGACAGAUGGCCGUCGUGUCUGUAUCGGUGAGCAGCUGUCUAAGAUGGAGCUCUUUCUGCUCUUCUCUUCCCUUUUGAAGCACUUCACCUUCAAGUUGCCAGAGGGCGCGGCUGCACCUUCGACAGAUGGCUCCCUGGGAUUAACCUUGGUCCCACCAAGCGUGAAGAUGUGCAUCAGUCGGCGCUAG